CUGUGUUGAGCCUGCAUCAGGUUCUGUGCUCAGCAUGGAGUCCGCUUGUCCCUCUCCCUCCCUCUCUGCUAUCUGCGCUAACUCUCUCUUUCAAAUUAAUAAAAUCUUUUUUUUUAAAAGAUGUGUAACAGUAUAUUUAGUAUGCAGCCCUUAAUAUAAGAAAAGCGAAUAAGAACAUGCAAUAAAAAAGAAAAAAAGAAAAAAGAAAAAAAAAAGAAAGAAAAAUACCGUUAAAAUACAACCAAAUGCUAAUACAAACAGUCACCAAUAAGAGGAAGAGUGGAAUAGGGUGAAGGGGAUAGAGAAGCAAGAUUUCUCUGAAUAUACCUUGUUACAUACUUUUGACUGAAGCAGUCUCUAAAAACUGAUAACUGAAACUAAUGAAACUAACUUCACGUAAAGUUGGUGAUAUAAACAUAUAGAAAAUACCUUACUUCAAGUUGCAUUUGAGCACAGAAUUGACUAUACAUCCCUUAGUGAAAUAUAUUCUAAGAAUAAAUAGAGCUGCAAAGAAACCUUAAAUUUUAUUCAGUAGUCUGUAAUCUAAUUGUAGCAAUACUGGCAUUAUUCUGAAACUACUGCACGACGAUACAAAUAAACAAUUACGUUAAUGCUGUUAGGAACCAUUUAUAGGAAAUAUGGGGGAUAGAGGAACAAAUUAAAUGUUUACAAGGAAGCAAAAGGAUAAACCCAGAUGAACAAAUAAUUGAAUUUUGGCAACAAGCCAAUAGAAUGGGGGAAAAAAAGGAAUGGGAGGUGAGACAAGAAACUAAUCCACCUGGGUUUUGACCCAAUAAUUUCUAUCUUGUCAGUUCGUCCAUGGUAUUAAAUACUUUGUUCUGUAUUCUCAAUCAUUUUCAGUAGGAAUUUCAAUCUGAAUAGCCAACUAUAUUACUAAAAACAGAAAAUAUAAUACUUUUACUCUCAAGCAUGACAAAUGUUAUGAACUUAAGAAAUAAAGACAAACUAUACACUUGUCAUGACAAGCACUGAGUAAUGUACAGAAUUGUGGAACCACUAUUUUGUAGACCUGAAACUACUAGAACACUGUAUGUUAACUAUACUGGAAUUAAAAUUAAAAAGCUUAAUGAAAAAAUAAAAUAAAACGGGAAUCAGGUUAAGAAAGAAAAAAAAAAAAAGACGAGCUGAUUAGGUUUCCAAACUGUUGAUUACCAUGGGACAGUUGUCCCUGGCAGGCAAUCUGUUAUACCUUUCACAAUGUUGGGGUAAUAUAUCUUAGGACAGUGUGUUUCACAAAAGAGUAUGUAAAUGAAUGUACUGUUUAGUCUAGAAUAUAAUGAUUGCCUAAAUAGCUGUAAUUCCUGACUUGACAGGCUUAUCUAAAAUGCAAUGUGUCUGAAAUAAUAUCUAAUACCUAAAAUAAGUUGUAACAAACACUUAAGCCUAUACAAAAUUAUUUUUUGAGUAAUAAUGACAUACUAUUAUUUUAUUUCAUGAGUUUCUUUUUUUUUUAAGGUUUUAUUUAUUUAUUUGAGAGACAGAGAGAGAGAGAGAUAGCGACAGAGAGCAUGAGCUGAGAGUGGGGAGAGGGAGAAGCAGGCUCCCCGCUGAGCAGGACCCUGGGAUCAGGACCUGAGCCAAAGGCAGAUGCUUAAUCCACAGAGGCACGCAGAUGCCCCUAUUUCAUGAGAAUUUCUAAAAGCAUAAGGACAAAUUGUUACAAUUCCAAUACAAUACAAUGUUUCCCCUCUUUCUGAGAAUUUUAUGACGAUCUUUGAAUAAUAGGAAGCAAUUGGUACGAACCCAAACUUGAAAUGAGAAAUGCUGUCACUACGACUGUAUCGGAAUUUUCUAUUAUAAACCGCAGAACCUAAUCUCAAUAAAGCCUAACCCCAAAUUCAUCUGAAUCUGUAAGUUAAUGAAAUAAGUUCUUGGUUUCAAAAAAAAAAAAAGUACUGGUAAGUAUAAUGGAACUGGGUAACUCCACUUCCACAUUGAUGUAAUGAGACAUCCUAAAAUUACAACAGAGAUUUAAGCAUUGGUAAACUGACCUUCAAUCACAUCCCUUGAUGUAUAAUAGUAUAAACAGGAGCUAAAAUAUAAGAAAAAUCUAAAUGUCAAAACAAUCAUUCCCUAUUUCCACAACAAUAUUGCUGAAUGUAGUAUUUUUAACACAUUGCUUUUAAGCACUAAGACUGAUGACUGGUUUCUGAAAUCCAUAGAAAGACUUAUUAAGAGUCCAAGGCUGAAUUCUCAAAGUAAAGUGGGAAUAAAGCGCCUAAUCAAUAAUAAAUUUCUAACACUGCAGUCUUUUAAAAUGUAGAUACUUUUCGAGGAACAUUAAUUUUAUACAAAAGGUGACUCCUAGAGUAUAGUUUCUAAGAAAAUAAAUUUCAAAUUUUAAUACAAUAAAUUCUAUUUGGGGUAAAAUUUGGGGCAAAAUAAUGGCAAAUAUAAUUUAGAGAAAAACAAAGGAUUAACAACAAGGCAUAAGGAGAUUUUCUUUACAUGGGAUGUGCUAAUAAUUGCUGGUUUUUUAAACAGUAAAAAUUUGGUAAUGAAAAUGCCAUGAUUUUAUCUGCUUUCUUUUCGAAGGUAAACUGGUUAUUCUAGAAAUUAGAUUUGAGUUUUAGCAGAUUUUUUACACAAUCAAUCCACUAAGAAGUGAGGCAAAAGUUACUAUAAAUCUGGUCACAUUUUAUAAAACUCAUGACCAAAGUUCUGCCUUUGAAAUUAAUGUUUCGUGCAAUUUAAAAACUGUCGAUUGGUUUCUCAGUAAGACCAAAUGUGAAACAUUCUGAAGAAAUCACCUAAAAUUGAUGCUAUUAUUUUUAAAACAUAAAAUCAAAUAAAUGGCCACUCCUACAGCAUCAAAGAUGUCUCUGGAGAAAACAAUUUGUAUACCCACUCACUGAACAAAGUAAGUUGCAUAGAGAAAGAAAAUCCUUCACCUAAAAGACAUAAAAUAAAACACAUCUGACCACAUAAAUUUAAUUAAAAGCAUAUGAUGCUCAUUUAAAAAUGAAGUCUUGCUUGUGUGUAGUCUGGGCUAAACAAUCCUUUGUAUCAGAAAGAUAAAGACAAAAUAACCAUAUGGGAGUACUUCAGUACUUCUGAAAAAGAAAGAUGAAGAUUUAAGUGGUUGAUAAAUUUGAAAAGCUGAUUAUACGUAAUAAUCACUAUGUUGGGGGAGCACAUGAAAAUGAAACAGACAGUAUUGUGCUAUUUUAAAAAGUGACAUGACAAUUGAACCAUUUUAGAAGAACAUGAAAAGGCAGGAGUUAAAAAUAGUUAAAUUAACAUCUUAGAAAACCAUCCACAGGGAAGGUCAAAUUCAUUUUCAACAUUUUUCAAUGUGUAAAAAGGAUAAAGAGUAGAGGCUUUAAAAAGAACCACAAAUUCUUCACGAGGCAAUGUUCGAAUGUGGAACAUGAGCUCUGACAAAUACACAAAAAUGAGGAAGGGCCAGGUCUAACGUGCAUGAGGCGCUAUAUCCUACAGCAAAUCGGAGAUAUAUAGGUAUGCCCAGUGCUGUAAAUUUAAAAAAAUAUUUUUGGGGUCCAUUUUGUUGCGUGUGCACCUCUUGCAAUAAAUUUGAGUCAGCACCAAUGACAGCUCUGCAGUCCUCCUAUGUAUGUGGUGCUGAUCAGGUGGUUGCAGAGCUUCGGCUCACAGCAACACAAUGCAGCUGAGCAGGCGAGCACAGCCCACAGCCAGAAGCGGUUCCCACUCUCCAGAACAAGGCGACCUUUAAGCUUAAGUUUCCGGGAGAAAACGAGAUGCUGCUGCUGAAGACGACACCAUGGCUUUGAUGGAAUAUCAGAUAUUGAAAAUGUCUCCCAGCUUGUUCAUCCUUCUGUUUCUCACACCUGGUAUUUUAUGCAUUUGUCCUCUCCAAUGUAUAUGCACAGAGAGGCACAGGCAUGUGGACUGCUCAGGCAGAAACUUGACUACAUUACCAUCUGGACUGCAAGAGAAUAUUAUCCAUUUAAAUCUGUCUUAUAACCAUUUUACUGACCUUCAUAACCAGUUAACCCAAUACACCAAUCUGAGGACCCUGGACAUUUCAAACAACAGGCUCGAAAGCCUGCCUGCUCAGUUACCUCGGUCCCUCUGGAAUAUGUCUGCUGCUAACAACAACAUUAAACUGCUUGACAAAUCUGAUACUGCUUAUCAGUGGAACCUUAAAUUUCUGGAUGUUUCUAAGAAUAUGCUGGAAAAAGUUGUCCUCAUUAAAAAUACACUAAGAAGUCUUGAGGUUCUCAACCUCAGUAGUAACAAACUUUGGACAGUUCCAACCAAUAUGCCCUCCAAACUACAUAUCGUGGACCUGUCUAACAAUUCCUUGACACAAAUCCUUCCAGGAACAUUAAUAAACCUGACCAAUCUCACACAUCUUUACCUGCACAAUAAUAAGUUCACAUUCAUUCCAGAUCAAGCUUUUGACCAACUCUUUCAGUUGCAAGAGAUAACCCUUUACAAUAACAGGUGGUCAUGUGACCACAAACAAAACAUUACUUACUUAUUGAAGUGGAUGAUGGAAACAAAAGCCCAUGUGAUAGGGACUCCCUGUUCUAGCCAAAUAUCAUCUCUGAAGGAACAUAACAUAUAUCCCACACCUCCUGGAUUUACCUCAAGCUUGUUCACUGUAAGUGGGAUGCAGACAGUGGACACCAUUAACUCUCUGAGUAUGGUAACUCAACCCAAAGUGACCAAAACACCCAAACAAUAUCGAACAAAGGAAACAACGUUUGGUGCCACCCUAAGCAAAGACACCACCUUUGCUAGCACUGACAAGGCUUUUGUGCCCUACCCAGAAGAGACAUCCAUAGAAACCAUCAAUUCACAUGAAGCAGCAGCUGCAACUCUAACUAUUCAUCUCCAAGAUGGAAUGGUUACAAACACAAGCCUCACUAGCUCAACAAAAUCAUCCCCAACACCCAUGACCCUAAGUAUUACUAGUGGCAUGCCAAAUAAUUUCUCUGAAAUGCCUCAACAAAGCACAACCCUUAACUUACGGAGGGAAGAGACAACCACAAAUAUAAAGACUCGCUUACCUUCUGUGGCAAGUGCUUGGAAAGUAAACGCUUCAUUUCUCUUAAUGCUCAAUGCUGUGGUCAUGCUGGCUGUUUGAGGGUCUGCAUUUUUUGAAACUAAUGAAAGAACUCUUCCCUGAUGUAUAGUUGGGAAAAUAUGCCCCUAUCUAACCAGUGAUUCAAGCUAUAUAAGUAUUCAAGAAAGCCAGUCUUACAUUUCUGACUCUGAUGUAAAUCAAGUAACUUGUCUUAAAUAAAAGAACUGCACAAUGUCUUGGUACUUGCUGCUAUUUUACUGUCUUAAUUAAGUAAAACUAAUGAGUAUCUUUCUUUUUAAAGAAAUGUUUUCUUUUUAAGGCUUCAAUUUAUUGCACAAAAUAUAAAGCAUCUAAACUUUAAUAUGUAUUUUAUGUAUGUUUACACUGUCAAACAUCUGGGAAAAAAAUAAAAGGUCUAUGCUCA